UCGAUCGUAUUAUGUAUUCAAUACACGUAAAAGUUAAUAUAAUUUUUUCUCAUAAGAAAAAAAACUACAUUGCCGUGAUGUUCUUCAGCUCUGAUCACCCUAAACACGAAUUUGAAGAAUCUCAGCAGUGCAUAUCUAGAGGUGCAAUUUGCUAUCUUUGUAAAAACAAGUUUUCUUUGGUGGAGGAGUCGUCAAACGCCUUUUAUUGUUGUCAAGGAUGUGGAUCCAGUUUCCACAAGGAUUGUCUCACGGUAACUUAUCCAAAGUGCCAUGAGCAUACACUAACCUUCAUUCGUCGGAAGAUUCCCUUCCCUUGUGAUGUUUGUGGGCAAAAGUUUCCCGAUGAGAUGUACGGAUGUUUACAGUGCGAUUUCUUUGUAAAUAGACAUUGUAUAUACCUACCAAAGGUUAUAAAGAUCACACGUCACUCGCACCGUCUCUCUCACGUUCUCCGCAUGUCUGAUGGCGACAAAGUUUGUGGAAUUUGUCGGUCUCUAGUUGAUGUUGGGUAUGGAGGAUAUUCUUGUAUUGACAAGACAUGCAAUUAUUUUGCACAUUUUGAUUGUAUUAUUCGCCUCAAUGUGUGGGAUGGCAAAGACGUUGAAGGAGAAGAGGUUGCUGCCUCUGAAGUUGAUGAUGUUGCGCCCUUGUUGUUGGUGGAGGAUAUAGAUGGAGAAUCAACAUGGCGUCAUUUUAGCCAUGACCAUGACCUAUUGAGAGUAGUGGAAGAGCAAGAAAGUGAGGAGUUAUGUCAAGCAUGCAUACUUCCCACUUAUAAAACCGGUAAGUUCUUGCGUUGCAAGGAGUGCGACUUUGCUCUCCACGAAACGUGCGCCAGUCUUCCUCGGAAGAUGGCGCACGGGUUACAUGUCCAUCCCCUAACUCUACAUGUCGAAACCGGGGAUGGAUUCUUCAUUUGUUCUGUGUGCAAUCAAUACUCUUGUGGACUCAUGUCGUACAAAUGCAACCAAAAAGAUUGUGGAUUCAAAAUGGACGUAAGGUGUGCUUCUUUUGUUGAGCCAUUCAACCAUACUGCUCUCCCACAUGAUCCAUUCUAUCUGGGAGUAGACUUUAACGAAUACAUUUACCGGUGUUACGGUUGCAGGCAACGUUCAAGGUUCACAGCAAGAUGUGUCCAAGGCAGCAUCGACUUUGACUUCAAAUGCCUGAAUUUACCAGGACAGGUGGAAUACAAGUGUGACGACCAUCCACUCACCUUAUACUAUGAUCAUGAAGGUCAUAGCAGUGGGUGGUGUGAGAUAUGUGAAGAAAUUAUAGAGAAAAGACGAAUUAUCUACACCUGCCGCCAUUGCUUCACCACUCUACAUGUUGACUGCAUCUUAGGGAAAUACCCUUAUUUGAAAUGUGGCAAUAGGAUCAAAGUGAAUGGCUUCGAGGUUAAGAUUUCUUCAAACGAUGGUGCUUCUCGCCCCAUUUGUCAAACCUGUCACCGUAUUUGCCAAGACAAACAGGUUUUCAAUGGAAAAGAUCAAGUAUGCUUCUGUUCUAUCAAGUGUAUUCCUUCCCAAGCUUGUUCUUAGAAUCGGAAUAAAAUGUCUAAAAUAAUGAUCGAUUAUAAUAUUAUCGCGUGGAGUAAAUAAAAUUAUGUUUAUGCUAGGACAUGGCAA